AUGCCUUUGACAGCGACAUCAGUCUUGCCUGUCAUCCGCAGGACCUUGAGUCGGUCCAAGUCUCUACGAAACUUGAAGUGCUUCCUCGCCGAUUCGUGGGUUGAUACCGCUCUGUUGAUGCUGGUCUCUGGCUUAGCGUUAGCUAUCUACUCGGUCCCCUACCGACCGCCUGUGUUGAUCCGAGUCUACGAUGUCGACUAUGGCCGCGUCUACAAUCAUCAACUUUCUUACCCUUACCAAGAACCGAUAUUCUCAUCCCUGGCCGCUGGCCUUAUCGCCUCUCUGAUCCCUAUCGGUGUCGUCGUCCUCGCUCAGAUAUGGGUUCGGUCCUUUGCUGACGCAUUUGCUGCUAUUAUGGGCCUUUUGUACGCUCUCGCUGCAGGCACGUUGUUCCAGGUCGUAUUGAAGAAGUUUAUCGGUGGCCCUCGGCCACACUUCAUCGACGUCUGCAAGCCGACUUCACCACACCAUGGCCUGGGCCCAGGCGGGAACCUAUACACGUCGGCCAUUUGCACGGGUGAGGACCAAGGCAAGGUCGACUAUGCUUUGCAGACAUUCCCAUCGGGGCACUCUGUGGCGUCAUUUGCCGGCCUAGGUUUUCUGUCUAUCUACCUCUACACGCAUCUCAGGAUGGGAGAUCCGAAGGUCGAGGCGAGCAUGGGAUUCUAG